GUCUAUCAGCGCGUGUGCUGUGAAACAGUGUCAUCUGAAGACAACAGACUCGCCGAGAUGCCAACGUCUCGCUCCCGAGAAGCCAUGCGGUGGAUCGACGCCUCGUCAGAUCUUCUUGGUUGCUUUUUCUUUUCUUUUCUUGGGGGAAACCCCGGCAGAACCGCCCCCUGUCGCGGUUCGGGGCCCAGGUGGACACGAUCACGCAAGUCAACAAGGGUCGAUCCCUGCAACCCUGGCACCUCCCAUCCAACCUGAGCCUCCCCACCAUGGCCCAGCAAGGCACGGGCACGGCAGACAUCCUGCUUCUGCAUGGCCUAACAACAAAGACCCGGGGACCCUCCACGCGAGCAAAACGCGUCCUCUGUGUACAGUUGCUACAUUUAGCCGGUAAGCCCACCCAUCUGAGCUGUGCCUGGCGAAUCCGCAGCUUGCUCUUUUUGAGUCUUCCUUCGUCUUGUUUACUAUCUAUCUUGUCUUCUCCUUUUCCCACCAGCCAGCAAAUAGCUGGGCUCUCCUUCGUUUGCAAUUGCUGCCGGUCUGUCUCAAAGCAGCUACCCCCACCCCUACAAGCCGUUACAUACCCAAACCACAUCCGACUACCCGGGAUCAGCUUGAAGAGACCACCAAAUAACGAGACCCGCUUCGUGAUUAUUGUUUUUUUCGUUCACACCAUUCAAUCAACCGAGCUUUUCAACUACAAACCGGUCUUGUCCAGUCUUGACCCGACUUCAAGAUACUACUUACUCACUUAUACGCCGGCUGAGCUGGAAUGCAGCUGUCUUGGUGCCACGCCUACUGAUCGCAUGAACACACGGCUGGUAAACCACGUCUCACUUAUACCCGCCGCUUCCCGAAGACCUUUGGUUGACUCAGGAACCUUCCAUAACCUCCACUCCAUAGGGAACCUGGAUCCAGACCGGAGUGACGGUGCCGUGGUCAAAAGACUGAAGGAGGUCAAAGAGGGCGCCGGUAUCUUGCAUAACCACAGACCAGCAGCAAGCCACUUCAGCAUCUGUUUGCAAAGGGGGGUUUGUUGGGGACUGUAGGGGGGUAGUUGAAUGAGACGACAACAUAACUGCAACACUUCGUCGUGUCUCAGACUGGAUCUUGGGUCCGAAUAUCAAAACCAUUGCCGUCAUGGUAAUGCCUCGCUCCCUUCCGGCUGUGCUGGGCGUCAUUUCGAUUCUGCCGACCGCAGCUAUCCUGGCGAUACACAGCAUCCUUGCUCGAUCACGGGAAGACCGGGCUCCUGCGGUCAGAACCACGGCCAUCAUUGCCGCCAUCCUCGAAGCCACUGUUCUUGCCGCCGUCACCGGUCUCACCUGCGCGCAUAUCGGCCCUUGGUCAGCACGAUGGGCGAAAUUCAACGGGCUGUUGUUCGGGGCAGGCUUGUUCCUAUGCACAGUCGCUGCCGCUGUGUCAGUGGCCAACAUGAUCUGCCUGAGCAAGGUUGAUGAGGAUCCUGAGAGCACAAUUCUAGGCUCUGGCGCAACAGGUUUCCUGGUUGGUUCAUCGGUCGUCCUCGGCCUUGCUUUCGCCACACAGCUCGUUUUCUUGGUCUUCCACUUUGUUGCUGGGAGAGUUCGAGGGCCACGGAUCAAGGUGACUGUACACAAGGACCAGGACCGAAGCAGAUCGCCUCCCCGGGUGAAAUCCAUUGCCUACCACGAGACCAGUCCAAGUCUUGUUUCUGGGAAAGCCCGCGGCAGCACAUCAUUCGAGAAGACACCGCCUGGAUCCAGUGCCGGACGCUCGACAGCAGAGACGAUAAGCUCCUUUCGAAGCUCGCUAUCAAACGUGGUCCGGCCCAUCUCCUCCAAGACUCGUUUGCUGUCUCAACGAGGGCGCCGUCCAGCCUCGUUAGACCUCCCAUCAUUCCACGAACAGACAAGAACGACGGAGGAAGGGUUCGAUUCAUGGGAUACAUCGGCGGUUGAUCCACAAAACCGACAGACCGUCUUGGAAUCGUCUUCACCACCGCUGGGCCGUUUCCUUGAGACAAUACCGGCUAGCCCCACCACCAGUCGAAGUCCGAGCCCUGGCACACCGUUAGACCUCUUGGAGCCCCCUUCUCGCACCAGAAGACGAAGCCGAACAUUGAGUCCAGCCCCAAGCAGAGUGUCCCAGGCACAGCGGACAGCCUUUACACAACAUUCUACCCAGAGCGAGUCUCACAUCCACCCGCUCUUCAGAUCCGAUUCGCCUAUUCCUCCACCACCCAUUGUAACACCAGGGACUGUUGUGGUUGCUGCACCAAACGGGGGACAGAUCCUCAGCGAUAGGCAAAGCAUCCGAAGUAUCAAGAGUCUCCGUCGAAUGCGAAGCGGGAGUCUUCCAGGCGUUCCAAGCCCAUUGAGUCGGCAAGGGUCCGUUGAAUCUUUCCACCGCAAACCUGAUACCCACUCACCAGAGAUUCGUGAGGAGGAUGAAUACCUGACCCCCGAGGGGACGACACCGGUGCUGGAGACGGAGCGGAAGAUGACACCGCCAAUUCCUGAUUGGAUUCUGUCUGCCGGGUCUCGGACGAGCCUGACCACCUACCACAGCCGGAAGAUCCAUCUUCCAUGCUCAAGUGAAGAAGCUUCUGGUGGCGCUGCACCCAGCCCGCAGUAG